AUGAAAGGCAUCCUCGGCCUUUCGCUAUUGCCGUUGUUGACGGUUGCGUCACCGGUGAUGCCCAGCACCAUCCACAACGAUGCAGCUCCCAUCCUCUCUUCAUCCAACGCCGUUGAGGUCCCAGAUUCAUAUAUCAUUGUUUUCAAGAACCAUGUAGAUCCCGCUUCUGCAGCUGCCCAUCAUAGCUGGGUGCAAGAUAUUCACAACCAACAUACGGAGCUCAGAAAGCGAUCUCAGUUCCCCUUUGCUGGCGAUGUCUUCGCGGGACUCAAGCACACUUUCGACAUUGCCGGAAGCUUCCUUGGCUAUUCUGGACACUUUGACGAGAAUGUCAUUGAGGCUAUUCGACGACACCCUGACGUUGACUACAUCGAGAAGGACUCUAUUGUCCACACCAUGGAAGAUCCCACAACCGAGAAGAACGCCCCAUGGGGUUUGGCUCGUAUUUCUCACCGAGAGAGCUUGAGCUUCGGAAGCUUCAAUAAGUACUUGUACGCUGCCGACGGCGGUGAAGGCGUUGACGUAUAUGUCAUUGACACCGGCACCAACAUUGAUCAUGUCGACUUCGAAGGUCGUGCUUCCUGGGGCAAGACUAUUCCUACUGAUGAUGAAGAUGUCGAUGGCAAUGGUCACGGUACUCACUGCUCCGGAACCAUUGCUGGUAAGAAGUACGGCGUUGCCAAGAAAGCCAAUGUCUACGCCGUCAAGGUCUUGAAGUCUAACGGCUCUGGUACCAUGUCUGAUGUCGUUCAGGGUGUUGAAUGGGCCGCUACACAACACAUCAAGAAGGUCAAGGACGCCAAGGCUGGAAAGGCCAAGGGCUUCAAGGGUAGCGCUGCUAACAUGAGUCUCGGUGGUGGCAAGUCUGUCACUCUUGACCGGGCUGUCAAUGCUGCCGUGGAUGCUGGUAUCCACUUUGCUGUCGCUGCUGGCAACGACAACGCCGACUCCUGCAACUACUCCCCUGCCGCUGCCGAGAAGGCCGUCACCGUCGGUGCCUCUACCUUGGCUGAUGAGCGUGCCUACUUCUCCAACUAUGGCAAGUGCAACGACAUCUUUGCUCCUGGUCUUAACAUUCUCUCCACCUGGAUCGGCAGCAAGUACGCCGUCAAUACCAUUUCUGGUACCUCCAUGGCUUCUCCUCAUAUUGCUGGUCUUUUGGCCUACUUCCUCUCCCUCCAGCCUGCCAGCGACUCUGCCUUCGCUGUUGCCGAGAUUACUCCUAAGAAGUUGAAGGAGAACCUUAUUACUAUUGGUACUCAGGGUGUUCUCACUGACGUUCCCUCCGACACCACUAACAUUCUCGCCUGGAACGGUGGUGGUUCUUCCAACUACAGCGAUAUCAUUGCCAAGGGUGGUUACAAGACCAAGUCCGUCAGUGACCAAGUUGACGAUUUGAUCAUCAAGGCCCAGGAGGUCGUGAACGAGGAGCUCGGUGCUAUCUACAGCCACAUCAAGGAUGCCGUUGUCGCAUAAACUUGAUCUGGAGCGAUGGGUUGAUGUUAGCAUAGCUGCGGCUUUAUUUUAGUCAUGUAUGUCUAGGGCUUCCCAAAUUUUUUGGGCCGCUGCCGGCACGGCUCACAACGCUACUCGUGACUUGGUUUCUGGAUCCGAGUUCGUGACAUAAUCCGUUAGAUACUGGAUGGAUACGAAUACAGAUUGAUUAUUAGAUUUGCAUAUUGUUGUUUUGAAUUCCGUGGACUUUGCAUAUCUCGUAUUGGCUCUUUUGUGGAUUUUUCUUUCUUUCUACCGGUAGUUAGGAGUUACAUCGAUAACAGGAAAUUCAUUGAAUUAAUCUACACAUCAUAAUUUAAGGGGAAAAGAAGGCUAUGAAAGCCUUCUAACAACACUCUACCGCUUCCAGAUAAGGUUGAUUUGCUUUCUCCGAGCC